GGACUCACUGUUUUAAGCCUUAAUGGUUGUAUAAACUUGAGGAGCAUUUCAGAAAGUGUUUGCCGUUUAACACAUCUUGAGACCCUUGAUAUCUCUGGUUGCUCGAAUCUUGAAUAUGUCGCGCUGAAGCUUGAAAAGUCGGAUUUUCCAAGUGAGCUUUCAGAUGAAAGUGGAAGAAACCAAAUAGAUAGUACCAAGCUAGUAAGACCAUGGCAUACAAUCUUGUGGUCUUUGCUGAGGAAGGAGAAAGUAUGUCAUAGAGUUUCACCAAUCAGUUUUCCGACUUCUCUAGUUACUCUAAGACUUACUGACUGCAAUCUGGGUGAUAAUGCAUUUCUCCAUGUUGAUUUUAGUAAGCUCAAUUUGCUGAAAGAAUUGAGUUUGAGCCGAAAUCUACUUUGCCAUCCCCCAGAGAGCAUUAGAUAUCUUAGCAGGCUCGAAAACCUUUCACUAAAUUCGUGUACAAGGCUAAAAUCAGUACUCGAGCUGCCAAAUGGUGUUGAGAUUGUUGAUACAACUGACUGUAUAUCCUUGGAGAAAGUAUCAGGCGCACCUAGCUCAUGCAGCAUUCUUUACAUAAAUUGUGCAAUCUGGUUGAGAUGAGCCCUAAUUUCAAGUUAGAACAUCUUGAAAAUGUCAAUGCAGAAACUCUCGGCUAUUUGGGUUUGUCAAACUUGGAGUUGAUUAGAAAUGUUACUUUUAGAUUAAGAUUUGACAUUCAGAAAUUGCAUACUGACGAAAUGGAAUUUCCAGAGUUUGUCCAAAAUGACAUGGCAAAAUUACAAUCUCUCCCACCUAAGAAGCUUCCCGCUCAGGGAUAUUACUGCAAUGGCGUCUUCUCCACAUUCCUAUCGGGUGAACACGUGCCAAGUUGCUUUGACACGAAGUUGAGUGAGCCUUUCUGUUCAUCGUUCAUCGUUCCUACUCCUGAUAAUCAUAGAAUUUGAGGCUUGAGUUUUUGCUUGGUGUAUACAUGCUUGGAGAGUGAAGAAAUGGUAAGUGAGGGCCAUUGCCUGUCCAUUACAAUUAAUAAUUUGUCGCAAAAGUUCAAGUGGAAGCAAGACCCUAUAUUCUAGCUAUUCCUGAAGUUGAAGAGCGGAUGAUGUGGUUAAGUUAUUGGGAAAUUGUCAACUCGUUGCAAACAGGCGAUGUUGUAGAGAUUUCAGCCAGUGUUGGAGAUAAACAACGUUUCAGUAUUAACGAGGUUGGAAUGAGGAUUAUAUUCCUGGAAGAACAACAAGACCAGGACAAAGAAUCUAAUUGUGAAGUUGAAGAGUUUUUUUCUAGUCCAUGUCAUCAGAAUUUGCUCCUUGUCAGAGUCUUCCCGAUGUGAUAAAAGGAAAAAAGAAACAAGAACGAACACUAGGGCAAUCCUAUAUUGCUAAUGUGGCUGUCAGAGUGGGAAAAUGUUGGCGUGAAUCUUCAGAAGAUAUGAAACUUCCAGAGGUUUGUCUAAAUAGGACAAUGUCAGAUGGAGCUCUUUUGCAGCAUCAACACCAGAUAACAGCUUCUGUUGAAGGGCCUUAUGGCCAGAGUGCGGAACCAAAAUAUUGUUAAUUUUUACUAAAAAUACUCAAAUAAGUGUAAAAAAAAAAAAGUUAC